GACAUGUCACCUGAUAAAUAUAUCCGGAUCGGAUCUGUGAUUUCUCAUUUAUGAUUUAGUGUAGUUGGCGGGGUAGUUGGCUCUUCAUGUUAGACAAGUGGUGGAAAAAUAUACAUUACGAGUACUUUUUACUUGUGUGUUGGUAUUUCAGGACCACUUCUCUUAAUUUAAGAGAGAAUCAACUAUAGCUAUCCUGAGUCUCGACCAGUGAAACAGGAAACAACAUCACAUUGCCACAGUCCACUGGCACUGGCACUGGCACUGCACUGACUGACUGACUCGAUCGAGGCGAAGCGCAUACGCCAGGCCAGGCCGGCUGCCUAAAACAGUAAACUAAGCCAGGCUUAGCGCCUGUUGGAGCUGGAGACGGGAUGCGGCAAGUGGCACACUGCAAAAUAAUUUGAUUUUUCGCCCUUUGCCUUAGUCAAACCAUGGAUAGAAGACCUUUAGAUCGAGUGUUUUUUGUCUACGAUCACUCUGUUAUUCAGAGGGAAGAAGAUGAUCCGAAAGAUGCCAUAGCAUACUUUUAUCCUCCAAAUUUUUCAAUUGACACCCAAUGUUUGCUGUGCGGACAACUGAUGGGGAUGGUCAACUUUCUGAAGAUCUUGUGUUCAUCGGAGCCUCGUAUCUUUAAACUCAGAAAGAUGAAAGUCACAACAAAGCAUGAAGGAAAUUUUACUCUGGCCUUGGCACAUGAUCCUAAGCUAUCAGAUACAGUUGCCAUAGCAAUUGUUAAAAACCUUUAUGACUUGUUCUGCAUGUACCACGGUUCUCUUACAAGACUCUUGAAGCACUGUCAUGGCAACAGAGAGACAUUCUCUUCCCAGAUGUCAUCAAUAUGGAAUUGUUACUUGCCAUUCAUCCGUCACCAUGGAAACAACAUGAAGAUGAUCUUCCAUGCAGUACCGACUAUAGAACUACCCAAGAAAUGUGGAUGGAUUUUUCUCAAGUGUUCCCAUCUUCUGCAAUGGUUAAAACGGAAACCAUGGUUACUAGCUGGUUGUCUUCUCUACAAAAAUAAGGUGCUAUGUACUCAGAUGACCUCUGACCUUAUGAGUAGGUUAUUUCUUGUCAAGGCUUCACAAAGCCCUUUUCCAGGAGAAAAGAUCACAACAGAUUUUGACUUGCCUUUUGGAGUGCGCAUCUUAUCCAUUUAUCUUCGCAAUGAGGAUUACAAACUAUUUGCAAAGCAGGAGAGUGCAGCUGAUAUAAGGCAUGGAAAAGGGGAUGCUAUGUCAGAGGGAGCCUUUGAAAGUAAGGAUGAAAGUCAUCAAAAAGAGGAAUUGGGGUCUGGAGAUGGUGAUCAAAUGUCAGUAACAACUCUACCGUAUCUACAACAACUCAAGGAAGAUGGGAGCAACAGGUGCAAUAGAGACUCUUCUGAGAGUGAUGCUGGGCAGAGAACAAGCAGUUCUCAAGAAAGCAGUGAUGCUGUCAGCCAGUUUGCACAGACCAAUGAUGCAUUGAUGGACUCUGGAAGACAUCAAUGUCACCGUGGUGAUGAGGAAGAUACUAAAUGUUCCUUAACAGAUGAGGAGAUUGUAGUCACAGAAUGCAGAAGAAAUAUUCCUGAAUUCGAGGGUAGGAGACAAGAACAUUUAAGUGAUGGUGCCAAGACCAGUGAGGAUGCCAAGGUCAUAGAUAUUGGGAACCAAGAGGCUGAAGUGACACUAGACAUUGACAACUUCAGAAAAUCUGGGAAAAGUCAAGAUAGAGUAGAUAUUCAUAACAAGUCAAAUCAUGAACAUAGCAAAGUAAAAGCCACUGGCAUUGCCUUUGACACAAAAGUUAGUGAGAUUAAUGGCAUCAUUCACAAUCAUGAAGACAUUAUUUGUGGUUAUAACAAUACACAUUUAAGUUCUCACAUUAGUAGUUCGCACUCAAAUGAGAGUAAGGACAAGGAAACAGGACAAUACCAUUCUGGUGAAGUAGAAACCAACAGGAAGACUGUGAUAUCAACAGCAGUAUCUGAACUAAAUGCAGGUUGUAUUGGUGACAUUCUUUUGCCAAAGGUUGAAGUGAACCAUGCUGUGGAGAAUCUUGAAGAUGAACCCUUUGAGAUCCAUAUCAACCCUCUAGACAGUGAGUCAUCUCCAGAACAUUCUGACUCUUCAGGCAAUGCAGGAAUGGCCAGACAUAUGUUGGAGCCAUUAGCAGAUGACAAUGGGAACAUUCUCCCCCAGGAUGAAUUUGGACAUUUAGAUAGAAUGGAUGCUGGGGCUGAUGGAUAUAGUCAGGCAGUUGGAUUGAGGAAUGGUGGAGAUGAUAGGAUGUUGGGGAAUAUCGUGGAUUCUUUUACUUUGAGCAAAAAUAACAGCCACAGUAGGGAUUCUUUGAGUCAGGAAAGGUUACCUGCGAUGCAGCAAUUGCCGCAACGUGGUGGGCAACAGCCUUCUUUGAAGACAACCUUCUCACAUUCCUAUAGCAAUGAACACAUUCCACAUGGUACUGAGCCAAACUUUGCCAAACAUGAAGGAAGUGUGGACUAUGCAUCAGUUCCUGAAUACAGUACUCCCAAGGCUUCAAGGAAUCUAAGCAGAUCUGGAGCUGGUGAUGCGUCUACAGAUUCACCAAGGCAAACCGAUCAGACACCUUAUUGUGCAAACUCGGCUCUGCUCACUGAUAACUCUGAUCAAACCAACCAUCCCAAUUCGCACACUGUUCAACCCACCAGUGACCAAGGAUUGGGGUCUGUGGCUGCUUCAGUCCACCAUGAUUCUGUAGCUUCAGACCAGCCUAAGGAUAAUUCUCAGUCCCCUACAGGAGGCCUUGUCAGAGCAGAUGGCACAAGGAGAAAAGGAUGGACUCGUUCAAGGUCCACAUCACCUACUUCAGGAAAGAAAGUGAUCUCUCAAGAAGCAUCAGAGGAAGAAAGAACAAAGGUUGAAGGUAUGGUCAAUGUUUCCCUCUAUGUCCAAGCACAUUCUGACACAAUGCUGAUCUUCCUUGGAAAGAAAGAUUGGAUCCAGGAUAGGAAAAGACUUCUUGAAAUGUGGCAGUCACUUGUCAUGAAGCUCUCGGAGCUAGAACCUGAACUUCAGCAAGUAUUGGACGACAAGGUCCCACACCAGGAGCAAGAUCAAGUCUACAACUUUCUUCAGUUUAGUCCUUUUGAGAAAUCAGUCAAAACCAAUACUGCUAGUGUCCUGACGAUGGAGAAUAAACAAUUUGUGAAUGUCGUCGAUGCAAUGCAUGAAAUGUUUGUCUCCAAAGACCAAGUCAACCAUCUUGUGAUGAGAGGUCAGCACAGUACAGUGAUUGGGAGUCAGAACGACGCUUACCAGACCUACUUCCAGCCAUUGAGGCCACAAUCCAGUUUUACCACAUCGACAUCGGCAUCAUCACCAUCACCAGGUUCGUCAUCUCCCAUCAUGCAUGCAACCUCUGCCAUGGCAACAAGACAGGGUAAGCUAGAGGUCCAGGCAGAGAAGAUUCUUUUGAGAGAUCAUGGAAUCCGAUUUAUGUAGCAUGUUCUUGUUGUUUUCACCACCAUCUACAUCACCAUCUUCAACAUUAACAUAAUUAUCAUUGUUAUACAUUAGAUAACAAUAUUAUUUAUAUUGAUAGCUUACCUACCUAACAAUGGUGCUAAAGGGGCUCCCAUGUUGAUCUGGCUUAGCUAGGUUUCAUUUUGACAAUGUGCAUAGGAUUCAAGGAAUGUCAUUCCUGCAGGAAUCUAUUACAUCUGGAUAGAGAGUGGCAAAUGUAGAUUAAUGUCUUGCAAACAGACAUAAGUGCAGCAAUGGGAAUUCUUGGUUCAGAGACUGGGGACUUGACCACUAGUACACGACACCAUAUCAUCAUCAUCAUUAUCGUUGACAUCAUCGUUAUCAUCAUCAUCAUUAUCACCAUCUUCAUCCUCAUCAUCAUCUUUUUCAUAGUCAUCAUCCAUCAUCACCAUCAUCCAUCGUUAGCAUCAUCAUCAACAUUGUAACUAUCACUAUUAUCAUCAUCAUCAAUCAAAUUAUGAAUAUUAUUGCAAUUUUUGGCUCCACACAUCAAUCUUGCAUCAAGACUGGAUACAAGCACUUUGUGAUAUGUCAUUGUGGUGUAAUGAAUCAAAUUCAUUGUAUUUUGUUGUAUGAGAAAUAUGAAAUAUGCAGCUUAAUUAAAUCAUAUGCAAUGAUAUUAAUUUAUUGGUGUUGAUAUAAGAGAAACUGUAUGUAUUGUUAUGUGUGAAUGGUUAUAUUGCAUUGUGAUAUAUUUGUAACAGCAGUAAUGAAAAGAUCUGGUAUAGGUUUAUUCAAGUAAACACACAGGAUAAACUCUUGCUCCUCUUAUGUCUGUAUUUUCUCUAUUCUUCAAACAAAGAUAUUCAGAGGUUGAUUGAUUGAUUUCAUUUGCUGGGUAUGAUGUAACAGGUACAAGAAUAAGAUAAAAACUACCAAACUAUCUUGAUAGCCGAGAUUGUUUAGUUCCAAUGGGGUUUGUACCUAUAGUAAGUGAUGACAAAGUACACUGAAAAACAUAUUAAGUAACAUCUAUCAACUACUUCAAACUAGUCUUGAGCACUAAUUAGCCAGAUAAAUUAUUAUUUUUAAAAGGACAGAUGAUUGUGUUUGAAAUAAAAACUCAUGUGCAAUGGACAACAUACUACAUAGAGAAAAGAUGAUGAGAAUAAUAAUUGUAAUACAUGAUUGUUAUGUAUAUAGUUCAUAGUUAUAUGCUUCAAAGCAGUGACAUAAAUUCAUACCAAGCAUUUGGGGAAUGAUAGCAGUACAUUGAGCGGAAAAAUCAAAGUUUGGGGAAUCCCCCACCUUGGGGCUUUGUAUAAGGGGGGCAUGUAACUGUGUGUAUAUAUAUAUAUAUAUAUAUUACUACCAUCUAUGAUGAUCUAUCCCAUUUUAGUGAUGACAGUUAAAGUCCUAUCAAGAUUGUUUAUAUGGCUAUACAAUAGCGUUAUUGUGAUAUAAAAUAUGUAGUUCGUGAGCAAAUUUUCAGUUGUUGGAAGAAAGAUUGAUGUCCAAAACGUCUUUCAAGUGGUGUGUAAUUAUCACAUCAAGGGCUAUGUAUACCAGGUAUAUAAAUUUUAGUAAUGACGGUUAAAAGCCUAUAACAAUUUUUUUUCAGAUGGCUGUUGUAAUGUUCUUAUGCGAUAUAAACUACUUAAUUACAGUAAAUAUAGAUGCGAGCAAGCAAAUUUUCAGUUACUGGAAGACAGAAUGGUAUCAAAAAAUGUCUUUUCAAGGAGUGUGUAAUUGUGGAAGAAAUGCGGUGAGUGGGCAUAGUGGGAGAGCCUUAAAAAGUCAUUUAAAAUAAUGUGCACAGUAUUACUGAGGAAAAUAAGGGUAACUAAUCAAUAAUCAAAACUUCAGAUGAAAAGAAAGUUCUUAUAUGAAAAUUGGGAAAUAAGGAUUUAACAGUCGAGAAUCAAUUAAAAAUCUUUUACUCACUAGUUAGAGGCGAGAUGAGAAUGAAUAAAUGGGAUGAAGAUUAUCGGGAACAAGGAUCAUUAAUGAAAUUAUUGUAUGCCAUCACAGGCCACAAUAUAUAAACUUCCAAAAAUGUGGAAAUAGUACAAUGAUGCAAAUGAAAAGUAAACGAUCGCAGAAGGAAAGAUUUUUAAUAAUCGUUUUAUUUACUUUCAGAUAUGAUGUAACAUUCAUGAUUUUGAGCAAAAUUCAUAUUUGAAAUAUUUUUCAGAUUGUUGUGUUUAUAAUAAAUGUGAUUUUAAACAAUGGAUAAAAUUGU